CCCCGGCGCCCCCGCCCCGGCCGCCGCCAGAGCUUUGCAGAGGGCGGGAGCGCGCCACGCGGGGCCGGAGUGCACAGUCGCCGCCGGCGCCAGGAGCCGCGACCGCCGGUGCCGCGCCAGCCCCGGAACUCCCCGCGCUCACUCCGGAUCCCCUCUGCCGCCCCUCCCCUGCACCCCCUGAUCCCCUCCCGGUCCCUCCUGCGCCCCCUCGGGUCCCCUCUCCCGCCCCUCCCCUGCGCCCCCUCGGGUCCCUUCUGCCCAGACCCCCGCAACCAUGGCGGUCACCCCGUCCCUGCUCGGCUGCCUCCUGGCGCUGCUGGCGCUGUGUCCCGGGGGGCGCCCGCAGACGGUGCUGACCGACGACGAGAUCGAGGAGUUCCUCGAGGGCUUUCUGUCCGAGCUGGGGCCCGCGCCCCGGGAGGACGACGUGGAGGCCCCGGCGCCUCCCCAGCCCACCCAGCGCGUCCGCAACGCCCAGGCGGGGGCCAGGCCGGGGGCGGCCGCUGGAGCCCCUCCGGAAAAGCCCAAAGACAAAGGCAAGAAAGGGAAGAAGGACAAAGGCCCCAAGGCGACCAAGCAGCCCCUGGAGGGGUCCCCCAGGCCACCCAAGAAGGGGAAGGAGAAGCCACCCAAGGCCACCAAGAAGCCCAAGGAGAAGCCGCUUGAAGCCACCAAGAAGCCCAAAGAGAAGCCACCCAAGGCCACCAAAAAACCCAAGGAGAAGCCACCCAAGGCCACCAAGAAGCCCAAGGAGAAGCCGCUUGAAGCCACCAAGAAGCCCAAAGAGAAGCCACCCAAGGCCACCAAGAGACCCAAGGAGAAGCCCUCCAUGCCGGCCCCUGCAGAAACCCUGGAGUGGCCCCUGCCCCCAGCCCCCAGCCCCAUUCCAGAGAUGCCGCCGCGCUGGGAGGGAGGCAAGGCCGCCCCAGAUGCCUGGCAGGGCCCAGAGGAGGAAGUCCGUGUGGAGCCCCAGGAGCCCCAGCCCGAGCCCGAGGAGGAGACAGAGGUGCCCACGCUGGACUACAACGACCAGAUAGAGCGCGAGGACUACGAGGACUUCGAGUACAUCCGGCGCCAGAAGAAGCCCAGGCCGCCCAGCAGGAAGAGGCCCGAGCGGCUGUGGCCCCAGCGCCCUGAGGAGAAGGCCAAGGAGGCAGAGGAGAAGACCGUGGACUAUUACUUCCCACCCCCGCCCGCCCCGGAGCCCGAUGCUGAGCAGGACACCCACGAGGAGAAAGAAGAGCGGAAGAAACCCAGAAAGGAGGGCAGCGGCCCCCAGGAGGAGACGGAGGACAGGUGGGCCGUGGAGAAGGGCAAGGACCAAGGGCCCUCAAAGGGCAAGGAGCUGGAGGAGGAGUGGGCACCCCCGGAGAAGAUCAAGUGCCCACCCAUUGGGAUGGAGUCCCACCGUAUUGAGGACAACCAGAUCCGUGCCUCCUCCAUGCUCCGCCACGGCCUGGGGGCUCAGCGUGGCCGGCUCAACAUGCAGGCUGGUGCCAACGAGGAUGACUACUACGACGGGGCGUGGUGUGCCGAGGACGACUCACAGACCCAGUGGAUCGAGGUGGACACCAGGAGGACCACCCGGUUCACGGGCGUCAUCACCCAGGGCCGAGACUCCAGCAUCCACGACGACUUCGUGACCACCUUCUUCGUGGGCUUCAGCAAUGACAGCCAGACAUGGGUCAUGUACACCAACGGCUACGAGGAGAUGACCUUCCAUGGCAACGUGGACAAGGACACGCCUGUGCUGAGCGAGCUCCCGGAGCCCGUGGUGGCCCGCUUCAUCCGCAUCUACCCGCUCACCUGGAACGGCAGCCUGUGCAUGCGCCUGGAGGUGCUGGGCUGCCCCGUAUCCCCUGUCUACAGCUACUAUGCACAGAACGAGGUAGUGGCCACUGACGACCUGGACUUCCGGCACCACAGCUACAAGGACAUGCGCCAGCUGAUGAAGGUGGUGAACGAGGAGUGCCCCACCAUCACGCGCACGUACAGCCUGGGCAAGAGCUCACGCGGCCUCAAGAUCUACGCCAUGGAGAUCUCGGACAACCCUGGGGAACACGAGCUGGGGGAACCCGAGUUCCGCUACACAGCCGGGAUCCACGGCAAUGAGGUGCUGGGCAGAGAGCUGCUGCUGCUGCUGAUGCAGUACCUGUGCCGCGAGUACCGCGACGGGAACCCCCGCGUGCGCAACCUGGUGCAGGACACGCGCAUCCACCUGGUGCCCUCGCUGAACCCUGACGGCUACGAGGUGGCCGCACAGAUGGGCUCGGAGUUCGGGAACUGGGCGCUGGGACUGUGGACCGAGGAGGGAUUUGACAUCUUUGAGGACUUCCCGGAUCUCAACUCUGUGCUCUGGGGAGCGGAGGAGAGGAAAUGGGUCCCUUAUCGGGUCCCCAACAAUAACCUGCCCAUCCCCGAGCGCUACCUGUCCCCUGACGCCACGGUGUCCACAGAGGUCCGGGCCAUCAUCGGCUGGAUGGAGAAGAACCCCUUUGUGCUGGGAGCAAACCUGAACGGUGGUGAGCGGCUUGUGUCCUACCCCUACGAUAUGGCCCGCACGCCCAGCCAGGAGCAGCUGCUGGCCGCGGCCAUGGCCGCUGCACGGGGAGAGGACUAUGACGAGGUCUCCGAGGCCCAGGAGACCCCAGACCAUGCCAUCUUCCGCUGGCUGGCCAUCUCCUUCGCCUCUGCCCACCUCACAAUGACCGAGCCCUACCGGGGCGGGUGCCAGGCCCAGGACUACACCAGCGGCACGGGCAUCGUCAACGGGGCCAAGUGGAACCCCCGGUCAGGCACCAUCAACGACUUCAGCUACCUGCAUACCAACUGCCUGGAGCUCUCCAUCUACCUGGGCUGUGACAAGUUCCCCCACGAGAGCGAGCUGCCCCGGGAGUGGGAGAACAACAAGGAAGCACUGCUCACCUUCAUGGAGCAGGUGCACCGUGGCAUCAAGGGAGUGGUGACAGACGAGCAAGGCAUCCCCAUUGCCAAUGCCACCAUCUCUGUGAGUGGCAUCAACCACGGCGUGAAGACAGCCAGCGGGGGUGAUUACUGGCGCAUCCUGAACCCGGGCGAGUACCGGGUGACGGCGCACGCUGAUGGCUACACCGCAAGCUCCAAGACCUGCAACGUGGACUACGACAUCGGCGCCACCCAGUGCAACUUCGUGCUGGCACGCUCCAACUGGAAGCGCAUCCGGGAGAUCAUGGCCAUGAACGGAAACCGGCCCAUCCUGCGCAUCGACCCCUCCCGGCCCAUGACCCCCCAGCAGCGGCGCCUGCAGCGGCAGCGCCUGCAGCACCGGCUGCGCAUGCGAGAGCAGAUGAGGCUGCGGCGCCUCAAGACCACGGCAGGCCCCGUGUCCCCCACGCCGCCCCCCGUCCUGGCCACGGGCACCACCCCUACUCCCACCCCCGCCCCCACCCCCGCCCCGGGGCCCUGGGCCCUGCUGACUCCAACCACGGCAGCCUGGGAGGAGACGGAGACAGAGACCUACACAGAGGUGGUGACGGAGUUUGGGACAGAGGCGGAGGAGCUGCAGCCAGAGGAGCCGCAGCCGGAGGAGCCGCAGCCGGAGGAGGAGUGGGAGGAGGGGGAGGAGGAGGAGUGGGGGGAGGAGGAGGCGGCCACUGGCCCCACAUUCCCCUUCACCACUGUCGAGACCUACACAGUGAACUUCGGGGACUUCUGAGAGCGGGGUCCCACCAGGCCCCAACCCGGCACACGCUCCACCAGUGCUUCCCGGGCCACCCAGGCUUGUCCGCGGGCACAAGAAGGGGUCCCGGACUUCAGCCAGAGCUUGUGCAGAGGCCCCUGCCCCCCCGCCACAGCCGCAUCUGGGGAGCCCAGGUCACAGCAAUAAACAAGCUCAUGGCACUGA